AAUAAAUAAAUAAAUAAAUAAAAAACCCGACCUUGUAACAAUGUUGGGGGCGAUUCGGAGAAUGAACACGGUUGCUGAAGAAACAGCGCGCCUCACCAGAUUCUCUCUUCACGCCCCAAAAUGUGUAGAGGUGGCAUUUGCCAAUGGUAGAGUGUUCAAUCUAUCAGCUGAAUUUCUCAGAAUAAAUAGUCCCGCAGUUGAUGGAAAGAUUAGGUCAAUUGGAGGUGAAAAGGUGAUAUCUGGGAGGCGCCAUGUGGGAAUCAUGUCUGCAGAACCAGUGGGAAACUAUGGGGUGAGACUAAAUUUUGAUGACUUGCAUAAGACUGGUAUUUAUUCCUGGGAUUAUUUCUAUCAUCUUGGAUGCAACAAGUUUACCCUUAUGAGAAAUUACAUUAAGACAUUGAAGAAAUAUGGUCUUAGUCGGGAUCCACGAGGAAGGAAAUGAUGCAGACUACAGUUCAAUCACCCAAAUAUAGUUGUCAUUUGUCAACAUGACACUGUUUGCUUCAUUUGUUGAAAAUGAAACCUGCAAUGUUGAAGGUUUGAAGUUGAAUGAAACGUGAAUUAUUUGCAUCCCUUUUUUGUUUUUUUUUUUCCUUAUGAGGAAAGGAUCAUCUAUCUGCAAAGGCAGAUCAUUUUCUGUAGAGCCCUUGAUUUCCUUUUGGAACAUGUUGUAUUUUAAUUAUUGUACAUCUUCGUAAGCCAUAUUCAUGUAUUAGAAUUUUUAAUAUUUUAAAUUCUUGUGUUUUGGUCAUUCUGCCUAAA